UGCCACAGUACCCUGCAGAGCGCUGAACAGACUAGUUUUGGGCUAUCAGCACAUGGUGACACCCCAAACUGGUCCCUGUAAAUGGUGCUGGCAUACCAAUCCGUGUGCUGUCAAGGAUUGGGGACCUACUACAGGAGAUUGUCAGAGACUGUGGACAUACUACAGGAGACGGUCAGAGACUGUGGACAAACUACAGGAGAUGGUCAGAGACUGCAAACAUACUUCAGGAGACAGUCAAAAACUGCAGACAAACUACAGCAGACCGUCAGAGACUGCAGAUAAUGUACAGGAAAUAGUCAGAAACUGAGGACAUACUAUUGAGAUGGCCAGAGACUGCAAACAUACUAUACUACAGGAGAUUGUCAGAGACCACGGACAUACUACAGGAGACAGUCAGAGACAGCGGAUAUACUACAGGAGACAGUUAGAGAC